AUGAGUUUAUCUGGGAUUCGAAAAUUUUGUUCUAAACCAACUGUAGAAUCUGCCAGCGCACCCAAAUUUGGACCAACAACCACAGCAAUAGAUGUUGUCAAAGGACUCAAUAUCAGAAUGGAUAGAAAGGUAGUGUUAAUUACUGGAGGCACAUCAGGACUGGGAGUAGAAACAGCACGUGCACUAGCAGCUACUGAUGCACAUGUAAUUAUUACUGGUCGUGAUAUGAGUAAAGGUGGGCAGGUCGUUGAAGAUAUCAAGAGAACAACCCAUAACAGCAAAAUCGAAAUGAUGGAACUUGAUUUAAAUUCAUUAAACUCUGUACGAGAUUUUGCCGCUCGAUUUCGACAACGACGACUUCCCAUCAACAUAUUGAUCUGUAAUGCAGGUGUCAUGGCAUGUCCGUAUGCGAAAACAGUUGAUGGUUUUGAGUCGCAAUUCGCCGUCAAUCAUCUCGCACACUUUCUUCUUGUUAAUCUUCUUUUACCAGAGCUUCGAACUGGAAAACCGUCACGUGUAGUUGUUGUAAGUUCACUUGCAAACAAAAUGGGUGGAGUAAAUUUUGAUGACAUAAAUUGGGAGAAUAAUUACAACAAAUGGGCAGCUUAUGCUCAAAGUAAAUCUGCAAAUAUUCUUUUUGCAAAACAAUUCAAUAAGAUGUAUGCCAAAGAUGGCAUUCAAGCAUUUUCUUUACAUCCAGGCGUUAUUAUGACUAAUUUACAGCGACAUACACCUCCAGAAGAGUUAAAAGCAUUUGGUGCUCUCAAACAAGAUGGCAGUGUAAGUGAUAUUUGUAAAUCAAUAGAGCAAGGAGCUGCAACCAGUGUCUAUGCUGCUUUGGCGCCUGAACUGAAUAAUCAUGGUGGUGAAUAUUUGGAAGAUUGCAGUAUUAGUCGUGGCGUCAACACGGGAGAAGAACAUUGGGGCAUGGGAUUGCAUGUUGUUGAUAUGAAUAACGCCGAACGUCUUUGGAAGAUUAGCGAACAACUAGUAGCCUUGCAUUGA